UUGUACGAAUUAUCGGAGAAGAUCUUUGGAACCAGGACCGUCACAUCUGGUCCUACGUCUUCCACCGACUUCUACCUGCGCUUCACGUCCACCAAAAGGCUCUCUAUCUUCUCUCCAAUUAUUUACCAGAGAGCCUCCGGCACCACUUCGUCGCUAUUAAUUUCGAUAUCAGCGCCGUAACAGCGCACGAAACAGGACUUAAUGGUCGAAGAGUAACCUUCCCACGACGUCACAAGUGAUGGCAGACUGACAGACCCACCUCACCGCAGACCGUGCGAGCGCGCAUCGGGCAGGCACAGAGUCGCGGCAAAUAUCGCGGUUACGAGUGCUAUCGCUACUUUUGCAUUGUUUUACAAUCGACGAAUGUCGUUAAAACUGCCAAACUGCAAACCCCUGGGCAGCUGCAGCUCGGGCUAUCGGCAGGUCGACACAGUUGCAGGCUUCGGGAAAAAGGGAGCAGCCGGUGUCGUGACCUGCUGGCCGAGUGGAGGGGAUCCUCGGCGAUGACACGACGCCAUUAACCGUACGUCCACCGACGCGUGCAUGGCACUCCUCGCCAGUUCCAGUGUGAUCCCGAGGCGAUUCGAGCACUCGAAUCUUGGCGACCGUGGCGGUGAAUCGCGUCUACGAGAAAGUGCCGACUAGAAGCAUUCUUCCCACAGAAAUCCGCGAACAAUGGCGAUCCUGCAGUCCUGCUGGUCUCCCUGCGUCUGGUCGAACAGCGUCAAGACUGGCUGCAAGGCUAUAGCGUUCUACACGGUGGCGAUCAGUAUAGUGUUGAUUACGUUGAUAUGCUACCAAAUGGCCGGCGGCGACUCCACGCAAAUAUACAAUCCGUUGUUUGAGGCUGAUGUGAGAGGCUCCAUGCAAGUUGUCGGCGGCUUCUUCAUCUUCUACCUGCUGCUGCUGAUCAUAUCCGCCCUGCUGAUGGUGUACGGCGUGAAGGAAGGGGUACGCGGCUGGUUGUUACCUUGGCUCAUCUCGUGGUUCAUCGUUUGCGUUUUCCAGCUUGUGUUUGGACUGUGGCUCUUGGGCGGCUACUACAUCUACUUGGACUCGGUGUUCGCGACGUUGUGCAAUUGGCUCUGGAUGUCGUACAAUAUAUACUGUUGGCUGGUCGUCUUGUCGAUGUACAGAAUAUUCGCAAAGCUGCAGUCGCCCAACAUAGAACUCUUGUGGCCUUGAGGGAAAGUGCGCGAGCAGCGACACGUGCACGCGUUGACGAUAUAUAGGAGAAUACAUUAAUUGACCUAACCAAAGUAAGGGAGAAUCUCUGUGUGUGCGCGCUUACUUGCAAAAAUCGACGUGAGAAAAGUGCGCGCGUGUCCGUCGCGGAAAUAACGAGAGAGACAAGUCCGAUGAGCUUUAGUACCUACGAGUUGAAAGAGUUUUGACGGAUAUUUAUAAGUUGACUACUAACAGACUUUCUCGUCGAUUCAUGUACUUUUACGCAAUCUUCCCUAGAUGUAGAUCUUUGCGAACGUGUACGUGCUUUUGACAUAUGAUAUGAAUAUAUAUACAUAUAAAUAUAUAUGUGUGUAUGUAUAUAUAUAUAUAUAUAUACAUAUAUAUUAUAUAUAUUUACAUUCAAUGUCAGAUGCGCACCUCCGGUAAAGCUUGUUAAGAGUCGCAAUUUUAGACCGCGCUGAACACGGCGCAUCGCUACGAAUCUCUCAUUAACGCUGUACGCCGCGUAGUGCCUUUUUACUUAAGUGUCAAUAAUGUA